AUGCCCCAGCAGAGCCUUACUGACGAUGGUAAAAAUAAGGGUGAGCACCAGUCUUACUACAACUAUACGAAAAAACAUGUCAAUGCUCGCAACCUGAUUGUAGUAAUAUUAAUUAUCGCAGCCAUUUUAGUUUUCCAUUUCCGCCACCGUAUUGCAGCAGCCCACGAUCGCUGGCGGACACGGCGAAGAAUGGGAUACGUGAACCUUGACCUGAGUUUCCAGGAUGAUUUGGAGGGCGGUUUGAAUAGCGAGUCAUUCGAUAUUAGAAGCAAUAUCGAUAGUGAGGAUUCUAGAAAGGGACUUCUGGAGGAAGGGAAGCGCGAGAUUAAGAGGAUAAUGAACGAGAGAGGUAUAACAUUUGACGAAGCAAGACUAGAGUACACGAGGUCGCGUUUAGCGGAGAAUAAUAUCGAUGCCGAUGGCAUGCCCUUGGACCCUAAAACGGUUACGUUUGGCAGAUAG